AUGAUCGAUUUAGUUAAGACUGGUCCAUACGGCUUAAACCGCGCAACAGCGCUCAAGACCGCGCGCACCGGCCGGUCGAGGAACUAUCGUCCCGUGAUCGACCCGCGUCUGGACUUUACAUCCGUCUCUCCUAGUGCACGGCCGAGCGCACAUACCGACCCGGGAAGCAAUAGCCCAUGGUCAUCACAUCCAAGUCAUAUGACCAUAGGCCGCGCACGACCACGCCGCGCGAACAGGAAGGCAUCGCUUUUUGACCGCGCAACACAACCCAUGUCCCAUGCACGAUCGCACUGUCCGACCAGGAAGGCAUCGUCCCACGUCCCGAAGCCCGUUUUGAAGCCCGUUUUACGUGUUUUCACGGCCCAACUUAACCUAAUGCCACCUUUGAAGAUCUAG